UUCGGGUUGAUAUUGUGCUGUGCAAGCGUUAUCCACUUUAAGCAUCUGGUUACGGUCUUUUAUUUAUUGAAUUUAUUUUUGAACACUAGCGUGAUUUGGUUUUGUCAAGCAUCUAUCCGCGUAUGUCAUGCAGGAUAAUUUGAGUCUUCAGCACGAUGACGGAGAUAAGCGACGAGUUGACGGGGCAGCCCUUCAGUCAAAACAUUCGCGUGUACGUGAACGUCAAGGGAGAGGCAUUUUGCACCGACCUCAUCUUUCCUUUCGGGAUUCCAGCUAACGGCGUUAUUUCUUUGUUCGUGGGUGACUUUUCGGCUUCAUACUCGCGAGAAUACUGCGAGCAUCCGGACGCCGCAGAGAAAGUCAUCAAUCAGAAACUGGUUGUUAUGUGCCGACCGUGCCAGGGCAAGCCCACGUGUGUGCCUGUGCCCUGUCUCGUGUCAAGCGAAGGCGAAGAUGUCGUGGGAGAGUCGAAUGAAACCACCGCUCCUCCGCAAGACUUCAUGGAGCCCCUGUGGAAGGAAGCUAAGUCUACGGAUGACAGAUUGACAGUCAGCGCGGCUCACUUGAGGGUGCUCGGCACUGAGCUUGAAGAAAAUGACGAAAACGACUAUUCUUUUGAGAUGGAUAUUGAAGAGUUCACUGUCGGCUCUCCAGUUCCGAGUUUAGGUGACGCUAAUGCGCCAGUGUCACUGUCGGAGUCUCCAGUUGACACUGAACUGCCACAUAUCAUUGACGCUUCUGCGCCGGCGUUUCACUUAUUCUCUUCUUCAGAGGAGUCCGACGACGAUUCGCCCUGCAUAAAGCAACGAAAACUUCGUCGCAGAGGAGGAGAUGGAGCAGUGUCGAGCUCUGCGCAAUCCUCCGUUCGCAAGCCUUUGGGUGACUACGACGUGGACGAAUUCGUUUGUGGCAUCUGUGACAAGAGCUUUCCAACGCGGCCACGUUGUCAGCGCCACGUGUGGAGCCACCUUCAUCCACCAGACAGCUCCUCCAAGUCCUUCAAGUGUCCAGCAUGCAUUAAGGUUUUCUCAAGCCGUUGGGCACUGCGUUUCCAUUACAAGGCGAAGCACCUGGGGGGCAAGCAUGUGUGCUCACAGUGCGACACGGGUUUCGAAACCCUUGCAGCGCUUUCCCUACAUGUGCGCCGUAUGCACACUGUUCGCCUUGAUGUGUACACAUGCGAGUAUUGCCUGCACAUGUUCCAGCGACGUUCCGCUUACAACAUGCAUGUGGCUAACAAGCACGGAGAUGGGACAUUCAUGAUGCUGAGCCGCUCCCCUGAAGCUGAGCUUCACUGCUCCCAUUGCCCCAGCUUCAUGACAUCUUCCGACGUGGUACUCACUCGGCACCUACAAAACAAGCACCCAGAGGUCGAGGCAUUUUGCUGCAGGAUGUGCUCACUCGUGUUCCAGGAGGAAAGAGAGCGAGAGGAGCACGAGCAGACUGUGCACACAGUUAUGCUUGACCGCCUUGGCACUCAGAGCGUCUACCUCUGUCGCAUCUGCAACAAAGCCAUCACCACACUUAGUGGCCUCGCCUGUCACCUUCGGCUGCACUUGGGUCAGCGCGAAAAGUCGUUCUUGUGCCCCACGUGUGGUGCACAGCUAGCCAGCGCUACCACACUCCGUAUACAUAUGAUGUUGCACGAGGAAAGCCCUUUGCUUCAGUGCCCCCACUGCCCCCGUCAGUUCCAACUCCGCAUCUAUCUGCGCAAGCAUCUAAGGCGGGCCCACAAUGCACAACUACGCUGCGCCUGUUCGCACUGUGGAAAAAAAUUUGUCACCACCAAGGAGGUUCGCAAGCACCUAGCCACUGUGCACAUUAGCGACCUCUCGCAUGACGAAAUGGCAUUGCUCUCAGGGCUGAAAAAGUACUCCUGUGAGCUGUGCCCAUUUGAGACAUACAGUAACAAGGGUGUGCAAACACACAUGUCAAAUCACCCCGAGGCACGGUGGCUCAAAUGCAGUCGAUGCCCAUACUACUACCCAACAGAGGCAGAGCUGCUUGCUCAUGAAGCACGUGCACACAAGACAGUUCCAUGCAAACGCCCUUGUCCACUGUGCCCACGGAUUUUCUACUCGAAUGCUUUAUUUGACGAACAUGCCCAGCUGCAUGCAGACGGUAAUGGCCUAAAGUGCCGGCAAUGUGACAAGGUGUUUAGAACAACUCCGCAACUGGAACGGCACGCAGAGCGCCAUGACCCAACCCUCACUCAAAGAUGUGAAGACUGUGGACGCACGUUUGCUUCUAUACAGAGCUUACAGGAGACCUUUGAGAUGCUUCUGGGGCUGUGA